AUGUCUGCUGCGGAGUAUCAAGAGUUGGGAAAGCGGUACUAUAAACAUAAGGAGUACCAGAAGGCGGUGGAUGCUUUCACAGAAGCCAUCGAAUUGAUGAUCAUCCCUACAGUCGCCAUGCUUAACAACCGCGCAGCCAGCUUUGAGAAGCUGCAGAACUUCAAAAUGGCUGCUAAAGAUGGCCGCCACAUGAUCAAACUCGACAAAGGCGACGCUAGAGGAUAUCUUCGCACUGCAGACAUCUUGCAGAAGAUGGAAAAGCCUGAUUCUGCAGUCGAAAUCUACAAGCAUGGCCUCAAGAAUGUCCUUGUCUCCGAUGAGAACUACAAGCUGCUUCAAGGGAUGCUUGACAAGCUUAUUAGACAGCUCUCACCUCCAAAGUCCGUCGAUCCGUUCUCGGUUCUGCCCAUUGAAAUCGUCGAAAUGGUCAUCGGCUACUUGACUUUCCGAAACAUGGUAACAUGUCUCCGCGUUUCCAAGCAAUGGAAACAGUUCCUUAUCAACCGACCUCGUCUUUGGACGGAUCUGGAUCUUUCUCAUGCUCGACGCAAUGUCUCGGGCUCAUUCGUGCGCCACUGCGUCCUCCGGUCUCAACACAAGCUGAAGACCGCAACCAUUCAUCGAUUCAACCACGUCGACUCUCUUCGUAGUCUUGCAACAACAUGCAAGGCACUCGAGUCUCUCGACUUUUUGAGUGGGACCCUAGGUGGCGAAUCGAUUUGCGAAGUAACGAUGUGCUCCACGAGCCUGCGACGCCUCAUUCUUCGUGAUAAUACCAACAUCUCUCUGGAUGCGGUAUCCCAAAUCCUGCGACACACGCCCAAUCUUACUGAUGCGGAGUUCCACAACAUCGAGAGCACUGGAAUGCGAGUUGAUUGGAAAGUUGAUCUGCCCAACCUGACCACACUAGUGUUGACCUCAGGUCCGGCAAGUGGUAGCCCGUACAGCAUUAACUUGAACCUUCAAGAACUCUUCACCCGCUCCCCAAAACUAAAGCACCUUACCCUGACUAACUGGCACAAACGGCCCGCCACCGACCCCGACUUCACCGCACUCGAAUCCCUCGAGUCCCUCAAGCUCCAAAGAUACCCGUUGACUACCUUCCCCCUCCUCCCCCCCUCCCUCCACCUCUACGAACACAUCGCCUCAGACUCCAACAACCACUUCACGACCAGCUCCCCCCUGACCGCGCUAAACACCCAAGCCGCCCUCGCGACGUACCUCCCCCACCUGACCGCCCUCGCCCUCUGCAAUCUCGGCGCCCUCGACCCGGGCUUCCUCGACGUCCUCCUCCUCAAAGCCGUGAACGACGAGACGGACAUCGACUUCGCCACCACUACCUCCCUCACCAGCCUCUCCCUCGCUAACACCACCGUCGCCUCCAAAGACGCCCUCCUCCGCUGCCUAUCCAACCCACGCUUCUCAACGCUGCAGGAGCUGGACCUCACCGACUCGCUCGCGGACGACGAGGUGGUGGACUUCGUGUGCGCGACGUUCCCGGAGCUGCGGCGCGUGAACCUGGCGAAGACGCGCAUUUCAGGCGCGGGGAUCAGGCAGCUGUGCGUCAGGCUGAGCGGGCUGGAGUGGAUCGGGGCGGAUUUCUGCCAGAGCGUGAGCUCGGUUGAUGCGGUGGAGCUGGCGCGGGGGCGGGGGGUGGAGGUCAGUUGGCGGCUGGUGCAGGUGGGCAAGGGGAAAAAGGGGUGGAGGGAUCGCUAUCUGUAG